UGAGGAUCAUUUGAUUUACAAUGAUAACGAUGAAUCUAAUGAUGAGGAGGAAUCUGAUGAAGAUGAAGAGGAGGAAUCUGAUGAAGAACCUGAUGAAGAAUCUGAAGAAGAACCUGGUGAAGAACCCAAUGAAGAAGAUAAAGAGUCUGACGAAGACUAUGAAACUGGUGAUGAAAAUGAAUCCGGUAAUAAGAUGGACAAUCAUAAGUGGCCAGAGUGCUGGGUCGUUGUUUGA